GUCAAGUAGCUGGGAAAAGACGGGGAGUAGUAGGAGUAGUAGUAGAAGAGCGAAUCUAUUAUUCUUCUAAAAUUCCUCCUCCUCCUUCGCCAUCCCCCUCCAUCCACCCAUCCCCUCACUCAACUUUCUCUUCUUCCUUUGACUUCUUCUUCUUCUUCUUCCCCCUUCUCUUUACUUCUCCCACCAUUUUAAAACUCUCUUCCUCAAACCCUUAAACAGUUAAACCCAAUAUGCCAAUCUAAACCCAAUUAUAUCCCUCCUCCCCCCCUAAAAAAAAGUCACCUAUCAAUUACAAUGAUUACCGAUUUCCGGCGAAUAAUCAUCGCCGCAAUCACAACCGUAAUCUUCCUUGUAAUCCUCCGUUUAUUCCUUAAACGAAAAAUCCGAACAACAAAAAUCAAACAAUGGUGGAGGUUAUUUUCCGAUAGGUUUCACGAUCACCAAUUUCUUAAAGUCCCGGAGGUUAACGAUAAUUCCCAGGAAAACCAACUUUUCCGACGGGUUUCUCUUUACCUCAAUUCCCUUGAAUCCCUAGAACAUUCUGAUUAUACCAACCUCUUUUCCGGCCCUAAUCCUACCGAUAUCCUCCUCUCUCUCAACCCUAACCAAACCCUUGUCGACGAAUUCCUCGGUGCGCGUCUUUUAUGGACUUACGACGUCAUAUCGUCCGACACCACGGUGACGAAAUCGUUCCUUUUGAAAAUCAGAAAACGCGACAAACGACGCGUUUUACGCCCGUACCUCCAACACAUCCACACUGUGUCCGACGAUAUAGACCACCGUGUGAGGGAUAUUCGCCUCUAUACGAACUCCUCCACGGGAUGGAAAACGGUGCCGUUUUCUCACCCGGCAACCUUCGACACCGUCGCAAUGGAUUCUGACCUGAAAGUCAAAGUUAAAUCCGAUCUCGAAACGUUUCUGAAAUCAAAACAGUAUUACCACCGACUAGGCCGCGUUUGGCGGCGGAGUUAUCUCUUGUACGGCCCCUCGGGAACAGGGAAAUCAAGUUUCGUCGCUGCGAUGGCAAAGUGUCUUUCCUACGACGUCUAUGACCUGGAUAUCUCCAAAGUUUCCGGCGAUUCCGACCUUAAAUUCCUCCUCCUCCAAACAAGCCCUCGCUCGUUGAUUCUUGUCGAGGAUUUCGACAAAUACGUCGCUGCAAAAAAUAACUCUGCGCCAUCGUCUUCUGCGGCGGUGACGAUUUCCGGGGUGAUGAAUUUCAUGGAUGGGGUGGUGAACUCGUGCUGUGAGGAGCGGGUUAUGGUGUUUACUAUGACAGCGAAGGAGGAUAUUGACCCGGCAAUAUUACGGCCGGGUCGGGUCGAUGUUCAUAUUUAUUUCCCAUUGUGUGAUUUUAAUAAUUUCAAGAAUUUGGCGAGUAAUUAUUUAGGGGUGAGAGAACACAAGCUGUUUUCUCAGGUAGAGGAUAUGUUUAACAGUGGCGUUACAAUGAGUCCGGCAGAAAUCGGUGAGUUGAUGAUGGUGAAUCGGACCUCACCGAGUCGGGCGAUUAAAUCGGUUAUUAAUGCGCUGCAAACGACUUCGUUGACAGUGAGUGGUUUGCUGGAUAGUUGCAAAGGGACGCCGAAGAACGGGUGGCGAUCCGCGAGGGACUCGGUGGACGAGUCGUAUGACUCGGUUGCGGGAAUCGGGUGUAGAGAUGGUGUGAAAGAGAUCAGGAAAUUGUAUGGAUUCUUGACAAGAAAAAGUGGGAGGAAAUCUGAUUCCUUUGAUUUGGGUACAUGAUCAUCAACGGCUCAGGUUGUUUUUUCUUUUUUCUUUUCUUUUCUUUUGGUUGCGCUGUAAAAAAAAUUUAAAGUGGAUUACUAUUUAUUUUUUAUUUGGGAGUUUUUUUGGGUUACAAAAAGUUAGAAAAAAGGAAGGUGGCAGAACAUGGGCAAAAAUGCUCAUGUUUUUGAAUUAUUCAAUUUGUUCAUAGUACAAUUACCAUUAUGAAAAUUGUGUGGCUAUAUAAUUAGUUUUAGAAAGUUUAUAUAUUUUUUUUCCUAUGAUAAAUUGUGGGUGGAACACUUGAAUUAAACCCUAUGAUAAAUCGGGGAUUGUAAAUGAUUAUUUACUUUUAAACAAGUAUAGCAAAGAAUUUUCGGAAA